AUGGAGGUGUCAGCUCUCGAAGAAGUUAAACUUAUUACCAAAGAGUUCCUGGAGAAACCUGAGCUUCGGAAUCGGCGGGCCGUGAGAGCGAUACUGAGGAGAUUCAAUAAGCCUAUGAGAAAAGUAGGCUUUUGCCACAGGUUGUUUGGGCGCAUCGUAGACAGCGAUUACGAGAACGUCAUAGAGACAAAGGGUCUCACUGCUGAAAACAUCGCGGAGAACAUAGGUGAGAUUGUGGAUGGAUGUAAGACGUUUUUGCAUCAUAUCAAAAACCCUGACUACUAUGAGUCCGCUUACAAUUCAGAAGCGACGUCGGACGCAUCAUGUUCGGAAAAGCCGGAAGAUUUUGCAGCCGUCUUCGUGGGUAUUGCGCCCAUGUUGUACGCAGGUCUAAUAGCCCCUUUGGUUGCGAGCAGAGCUGGAUUUUGCAAUGUGGCUGUACCCUACUAA